CAAAUAGACAUUCGUGUAUACAUUCGGACUUUGAUUGCUUCUUAAAAAAAAACUAUAAAAGAUAAUAAAUAGAUAUUUUAUAGUAGGAAACUUGGCUGGAUUAUCUGUCGAUUCGUGUAUCUUGUUUAUAAUAAAAUGCGCUGUGCUUCCAAAGGUGAGCCAAAACAUCGAAAAAUUUUUGACACGGCCUAAAUUUUAACGUAAAUCAGACAUUCGAGGUGAAACAGCACAUGCCGAUUUGAACACAUCUUCGACACUAGGGCAGAAAUAAAUACGCUAAAUCGACUCCAAACUACUGAAAACGUACCAUCACUUCCAUUUUUCACCAAUUGAAAGCGUAAAACAUGAAAAUUCGAACAUCCAAAAGGUAUCCAACAACCUCCGAGGAAACCCCCAAAUGAAAACAUCACCAAAAAAUGUCCCUAAAUAACUUUCGUAAAAGUGUUCGGAUUUGGAUGAAACUUGAUAUGCUUACUAAAUUCGUUGUACUUGACAUGUAUUAGGGGGUCUGGUUGAGUUUUUUUGGCUUUUGGUGAAAUUUUCGAGACCCCUUCCCCGAAGCUCUAUACUGAAGCCUUAUAGAAAGUUUCUCGAAUGUCGAUGUCCCUAAAUAACUUUCGUAAAAGUGUUCGGAUUUAGAUGAAACUUGAUAUGCUUACUAAAUUCGUUGUACUUGACAUGUAUUAGGGGGUCUGGUUGAGUUUUUUUGGCUUUUGGUGAAAUUUUCGAGACCCCUUCCCCGAAGCUCUAUACUGAAGCCUUAUAAAAAGUUUCUCGAAUGUCGAUGUCCCUAAAUAACUUUCGUAAAAGUGUUCGGAUUUAGAUGAAACUUGAUAUGCUUACUAAAUUCGUUGUACUUGACAUGUAUUAGGGGGUCUGGUUGAGUUUUUUUGGCUUUUGGUGAAAUUUUCGAGACCCCUUCCCCGAAGCUCUAUACUGAAGCCUUAUAGAAAGUUUCUCGAAUGUCGAUGUCCCUAAAUAACUUUCGUAAAAGUGUUCGGAUUUGGAUAAAACUUGAUAUGCUUACUAAAUUCGUUGUACUUGACAUGUAUUAGGGGGUCUGGUUGAGUUUUUUUGGCUUUUGGUGAAAUUUUCGAGACACCUUCCCCGAAGCUCCAUACUGAAGCCUUAUAGAAAGUUUCUCGAAUGUCGAUGUCCCUAAAUAACUUUCGUAAAAGUGUUCGGAUUUGGAUGAAACUUGAUAUGCUUACUAAAUUCGUUGUACUUGACAUGUAUUAGGGGGUCUGGUUGAGUUAUUUCGGCUUUUGGUGAAAUUUUCGAGACCCCUUCCCCGAAGCUCUAUACUGAAGCCUUAUAGAAAGUUUCUCGAAUGUCGAUGUCCCUAAAUAACUUUCGUAAAAGUGUUCGGAUUUGGAUGAAACUUGAUAUGCUUAAUAAAUUCGUUGUACUUGACAUGUAUUAGGGGGUCUGGUUAAGUUUUUUUGGCUUUUGGUGAAAUUUUCGAGACCCCUUCCCCGAAGCUCUAUACUGAAGCCUUAUAGAAAGUUUCUCGAAUGUCGAUGUCCCUAAAUAACUUUCGUAAAAGUGUUCGGAUUUGGAUGAAACUUGAUAUGCUUAAUAAAUUCGUUGUACUUGACAUGUAUUAGGGGGUCUGGUUGAGUUUUUUUGGCUUUUGGUGAAAUUUUCGAGACCCCUUCCCCGAAGCUCUAUACUGAAGCCUUAUAGAAAGUUUCUCGAAUGUCGAUGUCCCUAAAUAACUUUCGUAAAAGUGUUCGGAUUUGGAUGAAACUUGAUAUGCUUACUAAAUUCGUUGUACUUGACAUGUAUUAGGGGGUCUGGUUGAGUUUUUUUGGCUUUUGGUGAAAUUUUCGAGACCCCUUCCCCGAAGCUCUAUACUGAAGCCUUAUAGAAAGUUUCUCGAAUGUCGAUGUCCCUAAAUAACUUUCGUAAAAGUGUUCGGAUUUGGAUGAAACUUGAUAUGCUUACUAAAUUCGUUGUACUUGACAUGUAUUAGGGGGUCUGGUUGAGUUAUUUCGGCUUUUCGUGAAAUUUUCGAGACCCCUUCCCCGAAGCAGGCACGUAAAUAAUAGGGGGGGCGUUGGGGGCGUAACGCCCCCCCCCCCAAUGUUUGGAAAAUCCAGUUACAGUUGGAAAACUCAACGGUUGACUUGGAAUUUUUUUCUUAAGACCCAACUUGUGAAUUUUAUAUUUUAAGAAGUUUUUUAUUUUAAAUGUUAAAAUUCUAAACAUUAAAAUUCACAGGCAUAAGCUGACCCAUCCACUAAUCGUUUUCUACUGUGAAUCCCGUCUCCAUUGGAUCCAAAUUGCACAAUUGCCCCGUUUGCUUUCUUUCUGAAGGGAGUUGAAUCAAAUUACGAACAGGCAAGGUGAAUUUCCCGAUAAGAAACUUGAAACUUUACAGUUUGGAAUAAUAAUACCCGUAUUGAUCAGAAUAUAUUAGAGUGGGAGUUUUUUAAGAAACUACGAGUAGUUAAUUCAAUAAGUAAUUAAGAAUCUUUCAGUACUAAAAGUUCUCAACGUCUCUUAUAAAAAACGAGUUUAUGCUAAACUCCCCCUGUUAUUUGUUAACGUCCUUGACACCUUAUCAUAAAUUCCUAUGACAAAACUGCUGUGAAGCAAGAACACAUUGCAAAAGCUGCAGUAGAAGUAUUUGAUCAAAGAAGGGUGUUUCAUCUUUCAAAUCAGGCAUAUGCACAAGCUUGCUCUCAAAUGAUCAUUUCAAUUGUAAAGAACGAAAAGGCAAUUGGCCCUUUGAAAAUUGUUAGUAGUUUUUUUCGAUCAAGAUAAAAAAUAAAAGGCUCAAAUUCUUGGUGCUUCUAUAUCGCGAAAAAAAAUGUAUUUUAGAUAAAAUUGAUCUGAAAGAAUACUACUAAUCAUUAAGUAUAUUUAAUACUGGUUUUGCUUAAAUGUUGCUUUACUUCUUACAGUAAGUUUAAAUGUUUGUUUCGUGUUAAUCAAAAUUUAAUGAUUUAGGCUUUUAUGCUUUAGGCUAAUUAUUGAGUAAAGUUUUGGUAAUUAUAAAGAAAAUAGAACUAUGGUGUUCGGGCUAUUUACAAAUAUCAAUUUGGUAGGUACAGUAGAUUUACUGGUCGAAUGAACAAAUUCUCACUUAAAGUCGGAAUUUUCAUCCUUCCACGCCCCUCCAAAAUUAGCAACUCGUUUUUGUGCAUUUCUGGGUAGUUCACCAUCUGCCUUCACGCUUCUCUUUUGCUCUUUUAUCUAUUGUAUUUAUUCUGCUUUUGUCACCUCCGGCUGGACCUAGAAACUUUACUUGUGUAUUCUAAUUAGCUAUUAUUAUCCUUGCUAGUAAAAUGUGUUAUCUGUAUUUCUUUUGUUUUGUAUUCCUUAUUUUACGCUCCAAAUUUAAGUGUAGGUUAUUCUGAAGAAGCAUAUUGCGAAACGUUAAUCAAGUUGUUCUUAUAUCGUUUUGGGCAUUAAUAUUUCUAAAUUUAGGUGUAAGUUCAGCUGGAAUCCUCCUACUUCUGAUCCUCUGCUAGAAUCUUAUCUUUCUCAACUUGAAAAGGAAGUGCUGUCUGUCACCGCGGAAGGUAAGUAUUACAGCAACCUUUCCUCUUCUGAACUUUCUGCGUUGAAUAAUCUUAAGUGUGAUAUAGACCAGACGGAAAAUGAGGUAGGGGUAACCUGGAGCCGAACUUUAUUAGGUAAUGUUUUUCCGAUGUAGAAUUUUGUGCUGAAUAAGAAAAUCUUUGGUAAACUUGCGGUACCCGCUGGGAUUACCAUAUAUGGGCAUUUUUCGAACCGGGGGUAUGGUAAUCAAUUAUUUCCCUAAAAACAUAUCUUUUAAAGGUCGGUCUUGGCAUUAAACAUCAUUUUAUACCAUUUUAAACACUGAUUUGAUCCCUUUUUGUUAAUUCUACCAGGUAGCAGCAAGUUAUAGGAUUAGGGGGAUUAAGAUUGUGAAGAUGAGGGUUACAUCAUGUGUUUGAUUGUCUAGAAUAUCGCAAAAAGUACAAAAAGGAUCGUACCUGCGUUUCAUAAGAAUUUUUCAUUGCUGUUACUAAAUUCUUCAUCCUCACUUUCAUCGCUGCUCUCAUUAUCAAGGAAGCGGACAAGGGUUCAGCUGUUGUAGUUUGGGACAGGGGAAUUACCUAAAAGAGGCUAACCGGCAAUUAGGUGAUAGGCAAGUUUAAGAGGAGAUUGAGGUGGACCCCACGAUAGAAUUGGGCAAGGACGUUAAUAAUAGGAUUAAUGAGUUAAGGGCGGAGGAUCCCGGGUUAAAGGAAAUGACUGAAUUUUGUCUUAAGGUUAAAGUGAGGGGAAACUAGGUAGAAUCUAUUUGUUACCUAAGAUUCGUAAGGGAUUAAGUGGGGUUAAGGGUAGGCCAGUCAUUUCCAAUUGGGGCACCAUUACAGAAAAUAUAUCAGAAUAUCUAGAUCACCACCUCAAUCCACUGGUUAGCCUCGGUAGGUCGUACAUUAAGGACACUAUCAUUUUUUUUCUAAGUUAAGUGAAAUAGGUAGGACACCAGAGGGGGCUAUACUAUGCACGGUUGAUGUUGUGGGACUCUAUUCUAGCAUUCCACAUGGAGAGGGUUUGAAAGCCAUCAGGGAAGCGCUGGAUAGAUGGUAAACCCAAACGUGUCUUCUGAUACCCUGGUGGGAUUGGCAUCUUUGGUUCUCGAUCUUUGAUGAUAGGUUUUAUAGACAGAAGUUAGGCACCGCUAUAGGAACUAAGUUCGCUCCAGCUUAUGCAAACCUCUUUGGGACUGGGUUGGAAGAAAGAUUGUUGAAGGAAUCAGUGGACACACCCAUUGUCUGGAUGAGAUUCAUCGAUGAUGUUUUCUUCAUCUGGACACAUGGCGAGAAGAAGCUUGAGACCUUCAUCAAAUUUCUUAACAGUAGCCACGAUACCAUUAAGUUUAAAGGGGAGCACUCUAGGGAGAGCAUAAGUUUUUUAGACGUUAAGGUUAGUGUAAGUGAGGGGGGAGUCCUAACGACAGACUUGUUUUGUAAACAUACUGAUACACAUCAGUAUUUCCAUAAGAAGUCUUGUCACCCCUGUCAUACCAGAAGACAUUACCCUAUAGUCAGGCUUACAUAGGAUUUCACCAAAAGCCAAAAAAACUCAAUCAGACCCCCUAAUACAUGUCAAGUACAACGAAUUUAUUAAGCAUAUCAAGUUUCAUCCAAAUCCGAACACUUUUACGAAAGUUAUUUAGGGACAUCGACAUUCGAGAAACUUUCUAUAAGGCUUCAGUAUAGAGCUUCGGGGAAGGGGUCUCGAAAAUUUCACCAAAAGCCAAAAAAACUUAACCAGACCCCCUAAUACAUGUCAAGUACAACGAAUUUAUUAAGCAUAUCAAGUUUCAUCCAAAUCCGAACACUUUUACGAAAGUUAUUUAGGGACAUCGACAUUCGAGAAACUUUCUAUAAGGCUUCAGUAUAGAGCUUCGGGGAAGGGGUCUCGAAAAUUUCACCAAAAGCCAAAAAAACUCAACCAGACCCCCUAAUACAUGUCAAGUACAACGAAUUUAGUAAGCAUAUCAAGUUUCAUCCAAAUCCGAACACUUUUACGAAAGUUAUUUAGGGACAUUUUUUGGUGAUGUUUUCAUUUGGGGGUUUCCUCGGAGGUUGUUGGAUACCUUUUGGAUGUUCGAAUUUUCAUGUUUUACGCUUUCAAUUGGUGAAAAAUGGAAGUGAUGGAGACAAUGCCAGUGAAUGGCCUGAAGAUGCACAGAUUUACCAACCUCUUUUAGGUCAAAUGACUUUACCUGAGCAAGCAAAAUGCUAUGGAAUUGAGGCUCUUCUCAGACUUCAAAACCUGAAAUAUGAUUUGGUAAUGAGAUCAAAUGCAGAAUAUAUUUCUCCAUCAGGAAAGGUACCCUUAUUGCGAAUAGAUGAUGAGGUAGUUUCAGAAGAGUCAAUUCUUUCUUGGCUGCAGAAGAAGGUGAAUGAAAUAAAAUAUUUCAAUGACUGUUUUUUAUAUUGAAUAGACUUAUUGCCUUGAAAUUUUUCAAGUAGGAAUGAUGGUAAGUUUUUGAAAUUCCAUUCACCCUUAUUAGUAUUUUGAAAUUCCAGUCCAAGCUAUGCUGAAUCUAUUAUUUUUGUUAGGAAUUUCAUCAAUGACCUCUUUAUUUAUUUCACCCAGUCUGUUUGGUACUAGGGAGGUACAGGAAAAUUAGCCACCUUUGCUAAACUCCCAUG